CCUAUAGUUGCUUGACAUGGUUUCGUUUUAUUAAUUUUCUUUCUUUCAUCAUUUCUUUUUUUCCAGCUGGCACUCAUCAUCUGUCAUAUGUUUAUGCUUAUUCUCUUGGCGUUGAGUAAUUUUGUGUCUUGUCUCAAUGCAAUAACCGUUCAUAAUAAUAAUAUAAACUAUCACAAAACCAAAGAUAUGGUGGCCUUUUCGCGUUUUGCUCUGACGCACAAGACGCGAACUGUACAGUACACAUUCACAAAGACGCGACGCAACAUAACUAGCCCACACUGCUUCGCUAAUUGGUUGUUCCAGUUUUGCUGCGUCGCGUCGCGCGUUUCCAAAGUACAAGAGGUGUGAGUCACGUUGCUUUGCAUAUUACAAUGAUUCCAGGAAGCUUUUUGAGGUCGCUGUUUCCUGCACCUACGCCACCUUGUUUACCGUACUCUUUCAGUCGAACUUUGUCGUCUAUUAAAACUUGUCUUAAAACUAGUCUUAAAACUAGUAUCCGUUCAGCUGGACUGUCUACUGAGUUUUAUGUAGAUUCAAGCGCGGAUCAUGAGUUUAUUAUACCUGAAAGGUGUUGUGUUUUUCACCUUCAUACCUGUUGUGCUGAGUCUCGCACUUAUUGAUGAUGGGCUCACUCUGAACUGUACACAAGAGGAAGUACCAUGUGAAGCAGCGUUUAAUAAUUGCAUGUAUAAAGGAUGGCUCACUCCUUCAGAUUUCACUCCCAGCGGGCCUGAUAAUUUAACAGUGUAUGUUGAUGUAAGAAGUAAUAUGAAAGGCGAUGUGGAGCCAGUGAUUGUGGCAAAAUGGAACGCAAAGGAUGACGGAAGCAUAGCCCACUUGAAAGGAACAGAGCUUAGUGUGAUGAAAUCAAACACCAAUGAACAUCUGUGUGUUCAUUUCAAUUUCCUCCAGAAGUUUAAGACUAUGAGAAAUACUGCUGGCGAAAAGUGGUCUUUUUCUCUGGAUAAAGUUCUGGUAGAUCCAGACAGUACAUAUAUAGUGUCUGUCUCCAACCUUCCCAAGCCAAAUUUACAACACACCAGUUACAAUGUCAACAGAAAAGUUGUUGUUCCAGGUUGUGAUCAUCCUUUGAUGCGAAAGACCAAAAUCUGUCUUGAGAGAGGGGAUCUAUGGCAACCCAAUAUUACUGUAGGGAGUACAGGUCUAAAUGGCAAGGAUGUUCUGUAUGUUGCGUUUAAUCCUGGAGAGAAUGCAGAAAAAUACAACGUUUUUGUGAAGUGCAGUAGGGACAAAAAAAUGAAGACUCUUUAUAAUGAGAGCAAGACAUUACUAAAUGUGACAUAUGACCUGGAGAACUGGCCACGUACAUGCUGCAAUUUUGAUGUUGAGAUCCAGCCAUUUUUUUUUAAGUGUGCCAACGACUGUCGUCGAAAGAAACAUAGUAUUAACAUAUGUGAUCCUGUACCAACAAGCCCUCCUGAGAACAACACAGGACUUUGGAUCAUUUGUGUUGGAUUAUGCCUCCUAAUUUGUGUCAUUGGUGUUUUUGCCAUUUAUUUGCGCUGCAGGAAAUCACGUUAUGAUACAAAAGAGCCAGAGGAAAAACCACCUCUAGAACAGACAAUUCUAUCCAGCCCACGAUCCAUAUUGAUCAUCUACUCCAGAGAUCAUCCCCUUUACACAGACAUAGUGCUGAAGCUUUGCGCCUUCCUGCGGGCUAAAUGUGGCACUGAGGUUGUGCUGGACCUACUUGACACGACUUGGCUUGGCACCAUUGGCCGGCUGCAGUGGAUUGAGCAAAAAAAGCGGCACAUCGAGCAGUCGUCAAACAAGAUCUUGGUCCUCUGCUCCCGAGGAGUGCAAGCCAAGUGGGGGGCGAUCUGCGGAGAGCCUCGCGUCCUCCUCCGGGAGGAUGUAUGCUCUCCGGUCGGUGAUAUGCUGACUCUUGCCCUUCAGCUGAUAACACCUGAUAUGCAGCGUCCGGCUUCCUAUGGGAAGUAUUUGGUGGCUUACUUUGAUGAUGUAAGCAGCGAAGGCGAUGUGCCGUCUAUGUUUGACAUUGCGGUCAAAUACAAGCUGAUGAAGCAUUUCGAGGAACUCUACUUCCGUAUCCUGGAUGUGGAGAAGUAUCAGCAAGGGACGGUGCACUGUAUCGAAGGUAUCGGAAAGGACGAGUACUUCAAAUGCCCCUCGGGCGAAGCCUUGAGGAACGCGAUUGAAGCCUUCCAGGUACACCAAAUGAACAACCCAGACUGGUUUGAGAAAGAGUGUGUGACCAGCGAGGAUGAUGUGAGAGGAGAAACCGAUGCACUUUUUGAGGUUCCAAUGCAGCCAAUAUAUGAAUUAGUGCCGGUGUAUAACAACGGACUCCCAAUCCUUGUGAAAGAGGUGGACAUCCAUCAAGACACACAGAGCGUUUGCGCCGUAAUUCCCCAAAUUCAUGAGAAUCCUGAAGAGUCGCCUAUUAUGAUUAUUAAUCCAAGAGUCCACCCAGAGAUCAGCGAAGUACUUUCCUAUUAUCCAGCAAUGGAACGUCCUCUUGAAAUACCCAGUGUGACAUCAGUGGACCCACAAAUCCACCCAUAUCUCCUCGCUGAACCAGUACCAGUGGAAACCUCACAUCCUCCUAUAGCAUUUCCAAUGGGAGAACUGUCAGAUAAUUAUCUGAAGGACAGCAGAAUGCGCUUUUUAGCAGCACCUCCACCCUCAAUGGAGGACAGCUUCCAUUUGUAUGGGUCGACGGACAUGUCCCAGCCAAUGGAGAUGGAGGAAAGUGAAAUGGAGGGAGCUUCUGAGACGAGACCAUCACGAGGGUCCGAUCAGGGAUACGGUUCCAGGUAUUCCACAGUGAGAGAAGAUCCCAAGUUUCAGGAAGACCUUUCCUCUCUAGCCAAGUUACAAAUGGAACUUUUCCUGAACAGCCCCAUCUCUUCAAGUUUCUGCAACAAGGCUAUGGAGAUCUGAAUCUCUUCCGUGUCUGUUUUCUGAUUUGUGGCAUGCCAUAGUGUGAGAGAAUGUUCUUGAACUGUCUAUUGGUAGUUGGUCGUCACUCCUAAAACAUUCAAACUAUUUGUGUCAAUGUCAUUGUAGGAAGGUCAACAGGAAAUAGACUAAAUGGAUGAGUUCAGUAAGGAUUAAAUGUUACAUCAAUAACAAAUGAUUAGACAUGAACACAGAGGUGUGAUCGGUUCACUUUUACUGUGGAGCAGAACAAGUACCUUGUUAAACAGCUUGAUAUAGAACAGCACAGCACAUGAUUAAGCUUAUCUUUAGCUACUGAACACAAGUCUAAAUAAUUUGGUUGGGCUUGCAAUGAUACAUUUGUCCUCUUUUUUUAUAUUAAUUGCUCAGGCGAAAUGUUUUGUUGUAUUAUAUUGCACUAGAGUUAUUUUUAAUAGUUUAUUCCAUCUUAUAAUCCAUCUACUACGGAAGUUUGUAUAUAAUAUUGAGUAGAUUUCUUUGGUAAUCUUAUGUUGUGUGCUUUUUACUAUAAUUUAGAGAAGGAUUCACUUUACUUGCAUCAAAUUUCAUCCAACUUUGAAUCUCAAAUUACUUUUUAACCAAUUUAUCCAGGAUACUUCCAGACCCUUGCAGCUGUUACAGUGCAAAUAAUGUCUAAUGUAAACAUAACGGUAAUUUAACUUGCAAACUAAAGCCCUUGCAAGAAAAUUCUCUGUAAAACAUUGUGGAUAAAUAGAGAGAGGUGGGGUUGGAAGUUGAUUUCCUCAUCAAAAAGGUUAUGUAAUAUGUACAUACACUGAAACCUGUAGUUUAAAAAACAUGCGUAGUAUGCAGUGGUAUAUAUUUGUCAGGUUAAAUACUGCGCAACGAGGCACAAAAAAUCCCAUAAUGCACUUUCGGCCUGCAUAUUUAACACGUUUAGCUCACCCUGUACCCCAAUCCUCAAAGCACAAGAGUAAUAAUAUGUUAGAAUAAGGAUGCACAAUUGUUAGUAAUUACAUGUUACACUAGAAUAUAUAUUCUGCUGUUUCAACUAAAAGUGACAGGACAAGUUUGCUUCUCACAGUUCACCCAAACAAAAAUGAGUAUUCUGUGAUCAUUUACUCACCCUCAGGUCACUCUAAACCUGGAUGCAUUUCUUUCUUCAGAAGAUAUUUUGAAAAAUCUAUUUUUUUGUCCAUACAGUGAAUGUCAAUGGGGUCCAAACCAACAUUGUUUAGGACACUUUCAGUAUAUGCACAAAAACAUUCUUCGAAAAUAUCUUUUUUUGUGUGUUCCGAGAAAGUAAGAAGAAAGUCAUGCAGGUUUGAAAUGACAUGAGGGUGAGUACUUUUUUUUCUUUUUUUUGCAAACUGUCCAUUUAAGGUGGAUUAUUGGUGUGAAAUUUGGAUAUUAAGCAAAUGAUUUGGCUUUGACAUUUGUUCAGGAUCCUGGUGUAAUUCUAAAUAUACAUAUCUGGAUUCUCAUUUAGACACAGAUGCACUGCGUGUAGAUUAAUGGAUCGUGUCUUCUCGCAAUCUGUCUAUCAGCGCUAUCACAAUUGUCUUGGUUGGUCCAAAUGAUAUUAAUUGUGAUAAUCAUACCUCAUUUACUGGCAUGAAUAAAAUAGCAUCUGGAAUUGAGCAGA